AUGCGACAGCGUGGCCAAGGCGCUCUCGAGCGACGACACGCACGAGAUGGGGUAGUCUACCGCCGCGGCGGCGGACAAGGCGAAGCGCGAGUGCAGCGCCAUGAGGACGAGGCGGAAGAAGAGGUGCACCGUGCAGGCUUCGAGGUUCACCGGUCCCGGGCACUCCUCCGUGCCGAGGUUCUCUGUCGGGAGGCCCAUGCCCGAGCACUUGAGCUGCUGGCGCAGCGCGGCGUCGAGCUCCGUGACUUCGGUGUACGUGACGGUGCUGUCUGCCGCUGUGGCCAUAUCGAGGGCUUGCAGGAGCAGGUCGCCGGACGAUGCCAGGGUGCUUUCCAGCCAGGACUCGGAUGUGCUUUCCAGCGUCUGGGGACUGUUGUCCGGGUCGGAGCGGGAGCUGCGCCUGCUGGUCGUGCGGAAACAUGCGAGGUCCUGUGGCCGCAGCAAGACGGGCAUCCCACAGACGAGCGACUGUCUCAUGUCCAGGAACACGACCGCGGCCCAUAG